GAUUUUAGGAAUACCACCAAAAUCCGAUCAGCCCAAAUCUUGAGCAGACUCUUUGUCUUUGACCUUUCUUUCCCCUUUCUCUAAUUUUCCUGUACUGUUUUUUUUUAUUUCUUUCACCAAUUGUUGAGUAUCCAUCAUCCAAAAUCCAUGAAAAUCAAUCAAAGCUUUGAUUGAGUGAACCACAUAUUUUUUUAUCAAAUCCACUUAAUUUACAAUCUUUAUGGCUUCUACAAUCUGUACUGUCUCAUUUUCUGGGUCUUUAUCUGUUGGAAGUACUAAAACAACAAUCUUUUCUCACCCAUCUUGUUCUUGUUCAUCUUCUUCUACAAAUUCAUGCCUCAAAGCGCUCAAAUUCCCUCUUUCCUCACAAUUUUCUCAACUGGGUGUGUUCCAUUUUAGUCCUUGGAAUGGUCUGAAACAUAUGGGUAUCUCAAUCUCAGCAAAACCUCAAAAAAUUGGUAGAAGAACAAAAUAUAGAGGGAAGGUUGUUUAUGCUUCAUUGUUUGGAGUUGGAGCACCUGAAGCUUUAGUAAUUGGAGUUGUAGCUUUAUUGGUUUUUGGUCCUAAAGGGCUUGCUGAGGUUGCUAGAAAUUUGGGUAAAACAUUGCGUGCUUUUCAGCCUACCAUUAAGGAGCUUCAGGAAGUUUCUAGAGAAUUCAAAAGCACCCUGGAGCGGGAGAUUAGUCUUGAUGAUGAUCCAGUUCAAGCGAGAAAUACAUUUGAACGAAAAAUGGAAAAUUAUACCUCAAAUUUAUCGGUUUCCACCCCAGACGAGUCUCAAACUGUGCCUAUAACUGAUCCAAAUGUUGCAACGUCUAACAAUGCUUAUUCCACUGAGGAUUACUUAAAGAUCACGGAGGAGCAGCUGAAAGCACAGCAGGAAGCCAUGUCCCCUCCAUCCGUGACCCAGCUUCAACACAAGACUCCACCUGAAGCUUUGCAGCAGGAUGACAUGUCCUCUCCACCUGAAUCGCAGAUUGAACCUCAGAUUCAGGCACAAGCUAUGCAGCAAGACGUUUCAUCUCCCCCAGAAAACUCAACCGUUCCUGAAAGUCAGCCUCAAGAUGCUCAAAAAACGAUGACUGCAGCAACUGUGGUACAAAGACCCGAGAGCUGAGUCAUGAUGUAAUCCUCGAGGUUGCUUGGUUUCAAAUUAUACAUGGAGAUUUCUGAAUUGAUCAUGUUUAGCUAAUUUUUGACCUUCAUGAGCCUUGUAAAGUUGUAAAGUCAAUGAUGCUCCCAUUUUGCCUCACCUCUCAGACUUUUACUUGGAUGUAUGUACUGCCUAAACCAUUCACGUUGUAGCAGUUUUUAUGUUUGUCGUAUGUGUAUUUUGUACGAUAUUGUUUCUAAUGCAAAGCAGCAAUGCCAUGAAGACAGUGAUUCCCGAAA